AUUUGAAACCGUUGACUUUUUAUAUGAUCAUCCAUUCAUCCACACACAACACCCAAAUGGCCAUAACUUCAUUUUGCCACAAACCAUAACCAACAUGGCUAACAAAAACAAAGCCACAGAAAAAUUUUCAAGAACAAGAUCAUGAGCAACCACAACACAACUAGUGAUUCUUCUUCAGGAUUCCUUGGAUCCAAUGACAUAAGUGGAUUUGGCUAUGGCAUUGGAAUCUCAAUUGGGAUUCUUCUACUCAUCACAACAAUCACACUCACCUCAUACUUUUGCACAAGAACACAAGUUCCAAACAAUAACAACAGUAGGAGUAGGAGUAAUCCUACUCCAGGUUCAAGGAGGAGCACCCAAGUAUUCCUCGAACCGCAACACACGGUGGUCGAUGUGGGACUAGAUGAAGCAACAAUUCUUGGGUACCCAAAGAUGCUUUACUCAGAAUCAAAGAAACUCAACAAGAAAUCUGAUGAUUCAACAUCAACAUGUUGCUCAAUUUGUCUUGGAGAUUAUAAGGGAAGUGAUAUGCUUAGAGUGUUACCAGAUUGUGAACAUGUUUUUCAUCUGAAGUGCAUAGAUCCAUGGUUGAGAUUGCAUCCAACUUGUCCUCUUUGCAGAACAUCACCAAUUCCAACACCACUUUCUACUCCUCUUGCUGAGGUUGUUCCAUUAGCAACAAGAAGAGAUUGAUUCAUAUCAUAGGUAGUUUUUUUUUUUAAUUUAAUUUUUUUUCUCAUCAUUGUCAGAUUUGCCCAUACUAAUCACUAAAGAAGCAUUUAUCUCUUAGAGGGUAUUUUUUAUUUUUGUGUUUUUUUCUCCUUUAUGGUACUUUAUUGAUUGAUUCUAUAGGAAGGUUUUCAAGUGUACCGUUGAUCUUAAUUAUAAAAAGUAUACUUUUUAUAAUUAAGAUCAACGAUUAAAAAUCAGUGAAAUACCGGUACGACGGCACACUUGAAAAUUUUUCGAUUCUAUAUUGUAAAUUCUUCUUAUGCAAUAUCUUUAGUCAGAAAAAUAAAGAAUUGUUGGAAAUUGAAGAUAAAUUGUUCCAUUAGAAACCAAAAGAGAUUCAUAGGUA